GCCUUGCGUAUAGUUUUUGUCUGAAUUAAACAAAUAAGGGAUAAAAUAUUGUUAAUUGAUCCUGCCGCGCUGCCUUUCGACUCGCUACAGUGCUAAGGCGAACCACACGCCUACGGUUCAACGGAGAUACGUGGAUGCGAGCAAAUAAACAAGCAGCAACGACGGAUGCCCACAACAAAUUGUGUUUGCAGCUGCCACAACUGUUUUGGAGUAACCAAAAUAAAUUGCCCAGAGCUAGUGCUGCCAGUGCGCACACCAAUUUGAGACGCUAACGCGCUGCUUUUAGGGAGCACAGGGAGCCCAUUGUUCUGCCUCGGCGACUAGUGACAUCGUUUUGCCCGGCAGCAGCUGUGCUAAAAAUGGAGUGGACCAGGGAGAAGACAUUGCAGCUCAUCGUCGAAUACCGGUGUCGUCGUGGCCUGUGGGACAUGACAUGUGACGAAUAUCGCAAGAAAGAUGUCAAGCAGCGUCUCUUGAACGAAGUCGGUCAGGCUCUUGGCGGGAACAUACCCACAAACGAGUUGGAGAAGAAGUUCCACACCCUGCGGACUCAAUAUCACAGAGAAAUAAAUCGCAUGAAACGGAAGGAGCCAUACAACUCAAAGUGGUUUGGAUUCAAAAAUCUCGCCUUUCUCAGUUCCCCCUACGCCUGUCGAUCCUCUAAGGGCCGUUUGAGUUUGAAGAGCGAUAUGCAAUCGGACGAGCGCAGCACUCGGUCUAACGCGCUGGAGAAGCUCAUUGAGGAGACGACCAAAGAUGUCGAUGAGGACAUCAUUGAGGAGUCGGAGCAAGAGGAAAUGGAAGUCAAGCCGAAAUUGGGCAAAGAGAUAAAUGUGCGGUAUGUCAGCCAUGUCAUCCAGGAGGAGGAACACGAAGCGCUCGAGGGUCAUCAUCAGCAGUCGCUAAUGGACAUGCAUGAUCCUGUGGAGGCGGUCAGCUUUCAGGCCAAUGAAAACGGAGAGCUCCACUAUCAGUCGACUCCAACGCAGAGCUCUGCCGCCAUAUCCAGUAACGCGGUGCACGUCCUUUCCGGUCGCAUUAUAAAGAUACCCAGGCGCGACACCACUGCAGUGCCAGACGCAGAGGGCGGCUACUAUGACGAGCAUCACCUGCAUCCGCCCCCAGCCAAGCGUCUCUACUACGAUGCCAGCAACACUUCGCACAACGCCACUAUUUCGGACGCAACGCAUAAUGGUAAUCCUGUGGUUAACAUCAGACUUCCAAAAGUCAGCACCGCAGGGAGCACGACCAAGGCGGCCAAUUCAUCCCUCUCCAGCCCCGCCUCACCGUCGCUCGUGAGCUUACCGCCGCGCGAUGAGUUCUCCACGUACGGCGAGUAUGUGGCAAAUGAGUUGCGUGCCAUCACCAAUCGGGAGAACCUCAUCGCCCUCAAACACAAGAUCAACACGGUAAUUUUCGAAGCAAAUAUGGCCGAGUUCCAGAAAUAAAUAAACAGCUGCAAAUUAAUUAAUAUUAUCUUAGCUAGAGCUAGAACUAGAGCGAUAGCUUUUAACUACACUUUUAGACCUACAUUUAAAGAUUAAAGAUUCAAAGAUUGUCCCUUCUCUCCCCGUCACCUUACUUCAAUUUCCAUUUGAAUUUGUACAUUUAACACUAACACACACACAGAAAUAUGUAACAGUUUAAAUACAUAAGCCAAAUAUACAAUUUAGUGGAAUAUCAA